AUGUCGGGAGUUACACAGUCGAAGUGGAUGUCAGCAGUUUCUUCUACUUUGACCACUUCAGCAGGACACGUCCACACUUCAGCCCAGAUUCUCGCUCUCGGUCACCCACCUUACCCCACCUUCCUCCACAACAUUCACCCACCUUACCCCACCUUCCUACACAACAUUCACCCACCUUCCCCACAACAUUCACCCACCUUCCCCACAACAUUCACCCACCUUACCCCACCUUCCUCCACAACAUUCACCCACCUUACCCCACCUUCCUCCACAACAUUCACCCACCCUACCCCACCUUCCUACACAACAUUCACCCACCUUACCCCACCUUCCUCCACAACAUUCACCCACCUUCCCCACAACAUUCACCCACCUUACCCCACCUUCCUCCACAACAUUCGCCCACCUUACCCCACCUUCCUCCACAACAUUCGCCCACCUUACCCCACCUUCCUUCACAACAUUCGCCCACCUUACCCCACCUUUAUCCACAACAUUCGCCCACCUUACCCCACCUUCCUACACAACAUUCACCCACCUUACCCCACUACCUCCACAACCAUCCACCCACCUUACCCCACCUUUCUCCACAACUAUCCACCCACCUUACCCCACUUUUCUCCACAACAUUCACCCACCUUACCCCACCUUUCUCCACAACAUUCACCCACCUUACCCCACUUUUCCCCACAACUAUCCACCCACCUUACCCCACCUUUCUCCACAACUAUCCACCCACCUUACCCCAGCUACCACCAUACCAGCAACCAUAUAUCUUGA